UACAUAUUUGCACUUCUGGUGCCUCCUCCCUCCAGGGCUGUUGGAGCGUGCAGGGCAGCCCCCCGGCUCCACCCGAGCCCGCUGCCUGCCUAGAUUCACCUCUUCUCGCCCAGGAGGCGAGGACAGAGCUGUGCCCCACGCCGGGUGGGCAGGCUGGUGGGCAGGCAUGGCCAGGGUCGCGGCGAGGCUGUGCCAAGAAAGAGCGGCCGCGGACGGGCUCGGAUCCAACAGGAACGCCAUCAAGUAUUUGAAGCAGGACUACGAAGCCCUGAAGCAGCAGUGCCUGCAGGCUGACACCCUGUUCAAGGAUGAGGAGUUCCCAGCCUGUCCUUCUGCGCUGGGCUACCGGGACCUGGGACCGUACUCCUUCAAAACCCAGGGGAUAAUCUGGAAGCGCCCCACGGAGUUAUGUGCCAACCCUCAGUUUAUAAUUGGAGGAGCUACUCGAACAGAUGUCUGCCAAGGAGAGCUGGGUGAUUGCUGGCUCCUAGCUGCCAUUGCAUCUCUCACUUUGAAUCCAGAUGUUCUGUACCGUGUUGUUCCCAAGGAUCAGAGUUUCCAGAAGGACUAUGCUGGGAUCUUUCAUUUCCAGUUCUGGCAGUACGGGGAGUGGGUGGACGUCGUGGUGGAUGACAGGUUGCCCACCAAGAACGGGAAGCUGCUCUUCGUGCACUCAGAGGAAGGCAAUGAGUUCUGGAGCGCGCUGCUGGAGAAGGCCUACGCCAAGUUGAAUGGCUCUUACGAAGCUCUCACAGGAGGGUCCACUAUGGAGGGCUUUGAGGAUUUUACUGGAGGCAUCUCCGAGUCCUAUGAGCUGCGGAAGGCUCCUUCGAACCUGUACCAGAUCAUCCAGAAGGCUCUGAGAGCUGGGUCGCUGCUUGGCUGUUCCAUUGAUAUAACUACUGCAGCUGAAAUAGAAGCAAUCACAAGUCUGAAGCUGGUAAAGGGACACGCUUACUCUAUCACUGGAGCAGAAGAGGUAUAUUACCGAGGACGGACAGAGAAACUAGUGAGGCUUAGAAAUCCCUGGGGUGAAGUGGAAUGGACUGGAGCUUGGAGUGAUAAUGCUCCUGAAUGGAAUUAUGUUGAUCCCAAACAAAAACAGGCUCUGGAUAAGAAAGUAGAUGACGGAGAGUUUUGGAUGGCAUUUUCGGAUUUUCAAAGGCAAUUCACCCGCCUUGAGAUCUGCAACUUGACUCCUGACACACUGACAAGCAACGAAGUCAAUAAAUGGGACCUGACCUUGUUUAAUGGACAGUGGAGACGGGGUUCGACUGCUGGGGGCUGCCAGAACUACCAAGCAACAUACUGGACCAAUCCCCAGUUUAAAAUCCGGUUGGAUGAACCAGAUGAUGACCAUGAAGGGAGUUUGAAUGAGCCAUGCUGUACUGUACUGGUGGGCUUGAUGCAGAAGAACCGCAGGAGACAGAAGAAAAUGGGAGAAGCUCUGCUUAGUAUUGGUUAUUCGCUCUAUCAGAUUCCUCAGGAGCUGGAAAAUAACACAGAUAUUCAUGCGAACCGUGCUUUCUUCGCAAGGAACCAACCGGCAGCCCGGUCUGAUCCUUAUGUCAAUCUGCGUGAAGUCUCCAGCCGCAUGAAGUUGCCCCGAGGAGAGUACCUCAUUGUGCCAUCCACUUUUGAGCCUUACAAAAACGGAGAGUUCUGCCUGCGAGUUUUUUCUGAGAAACAGACUAAAACACAAAUGAUUGGUGAUGUGGUGGCUGCAAAACCAUAUGAGCCUCAUGUCGAUAACAAAGACAUAGAUGAUGAGUUCAAGACUCUGUUUCAAAAGCUCUCUGGAGAGGACUGUGAAGUGACUGCAAUUGAACUUCAAACUAUCUUAAACCGGGUUUUGGCAAAGAGAAAGGAUAUUAAAAGUGAUGGAUUCAACAUUACCACUUGCAGGGAGAUGAUCAGCCUUUUAGAUACCAAUGGGACCGGCACCUUGGGACUUGUGGAAUUCAAGACACUUUGGAUGAAGAUUCAAAAGUAUUUGGCGAUCUAUAGGAAAGUGGACAGUGACUACUCCGGGACCAUCGACUCCCAUGAGAUGCGAAAUGCCCUCAGAGAGGCGGGUUUCAUGCUCAAUGACCAGGUGCAGCACAGCUUUGUCAUCCGCUACGCCUGCAGUAAGCUGACCAUUGAUUUCGAUGGCUUUGUGGCCUGUAUGAUCCGCUUGGAGACCCUGUUCAAAGUGUUCCAUCUCCUGGACAAAGACAAGAGUGGAGUCAUCCAGCUCUCUCUGGCUGAGUGGCUGUGCUGCACACUGGUUUGAACCACGGCCAACGAAUUCAGCAGAGACCUCUGAGACUCUUCUGAACACAGAACCACUUGUUCAGCUUCUCCUUGUUAUGGAAAGCAGAGAGAGAAAUUUGUUUUUAUUACUGGCAAAUUAUUUUAAACCCACUAAAAAUGAUCUCCUGUCAGUUAUAAAAUAAACACUCUUGAACCAAAAAAUAGAAACAAACAAAUAAACAAACCCAAACCCAA